UUCCUCCCUUUCUCUCUUUCUUCCUCUUUUCCCUCCCUCCCUUGCCUCGUAAGUUUCCUGCACCGUAAAUCCAACUGUGCCAAGCCCAGGCUCCCGCAGAACCAAUCCUAAGCGCGACACAGGCACGGGACGCCAACUCUGCCGAGUCUGGACGAGACAGCCGGAACGGUCCACGCAGGAGCAUGGAGACGAAGCGCCAAGGAGGGCACGUCCGGGGCGCCGGAGACGCCAGGCCCGAGUAGCUCCUCCAUGGAGCCUGCCCAGAGCGAUUCCUGCUCGCCUGCUUCGCCCCCUGUCUAUAGCGGCUGCUGAGAGAGUACCUUGCUCUGUAAAGUGGAUGUCAGGUGGAUCUAUGGUUUUGAAGGAACAAAGACUCAGCAAAGGCACCGCCGAGGAAGUUUGAGACGCGGGAGGAUGCAGGCUGCGUGCUGGUACGUGCUUCUCCUCCUGCAGCCCACCGUCUACUUGGUCACAUGUGCCAAUUUAACAAAUGGUGGAAAGUCAGAACUUCUAAAAUCAGGAACCAGCAAAUCCACACUAAAGCACAUAUGGACAGAAAGCAGCAAAGACUUGUCUAUCAGCCGACUCCUGUCACAGACUUUUCGUGGCAAAGAAAAUGAUACAGAUUUGGACCUGCGAUAUGACACUCCAGAACCUUAUUCUGAGCAAGACCUCUGGGACUGGCUGAGGAACUCCACAGACCUUCAAGAGCCUCGGCCCAGGGCCAAGAGAAGGCCCAUUGUUAAGACGGGCAAGUUUAAGAAAAUGUUUGGAUGGGGUGAUUUUCAUUCCAACAUCAAAACAGUGAAGCUAAACCUGUUGAUAACUGGGAAGAUUGUAGAUCAUGGCAAUGGGACAUUUAGUGUCUAUUUCAGGCAUAAUUCCACUGGUCAAGGGAAUGUAUCAGUCAGCUUGGUGCCCCCUACGAAAAUAGUGGAAUUUGACUUGGCACAACAAACUGUGAUUGAUGCCAAAGAUUCCAAGUCCUUUAACUGUCGCAUCGAAUAUGAAAAAGUUGACAAGGCUACCAAGAACACACUCUGCAACUAUGACCCUUCAAAAACCUGUUACCAGGAGCAGACCCAAAGUCAUGUGUCCUGGCUCUGCUCCAAGCCCUUUAAGGUGAUCUGUAUUUACAUUUCCUUUUAUAGUACCGAUUAUAAACUAGUACAGAAAGUGUGCCCUGACUACAACUACCACAGUGACACACCUUACUUUCCCUCAGGAUGA